UUCCAAUCCUCUCCAAAUCACGUGAUUCAGGUGUUCCAAUCCCCUCCAAAUCACGUGAUUCAGGUGUUCCAAUCCCCUCCAUGGACACAGGUGUAUACAAUCAAGCCCCUAGGCAUGCAGACGGCUUCUACAAACAUUGGUGAAAGAAUGGGUCGCUCUCAGGAGCUCAGUGACUCCAAACGUGGUCCCGUGAUAGGUGGCCACCUGGGCAAUAAGUCCAUCCGUGACAUUUCCUGGCUACUAAAUAUUCCACGCUCAACUGUUAGUGGGAUUAUAACAAAGUGGAAGCAACUGGGAACAACAGCCACUCAGCCACCAAGUGGUAGGCCACGUCACAUGACAGGGCGGGGUCAGCGCAUGCUGAAGCGCACAGUGCGCAGAAGUCACCAACUGUCUGCAGAGUCAAUAGCUAAAGACCUCCAAACUUGGUGUGGCCUUCAGAUGAGCCCAACAACAGUGCAUAGAGAGCUUCAUGGAAUGGGUUUUCCAUGGCCGAGCAGCUGCAUCCAA